GCAGCCGAAGACACGCACGGCAUACAGGGGGGGGAAUCGGCACUCCCCAGAUUGCAUAUCACCAUGGCACCCUCCAACCGUCCGCCAGCGCCAGCGAGGGCCCACGAGACCGUCUCAACCUCGUUCCUGCUGGCCAACCUCCACUGUCCCACUUGCGUCUCUACUAUAAAGCGCGCCCUUGGAGAAUCCUGUGGCGGGCUCGUCAAGUGGGUCUCCCCCAACGUCGUCACGUCCGUGGUCACAGUGGAACACGCCCCGGAAGCGUCUGUCCAGCAGCUGCGCAGCGCCCUCGAGGAGAGCGGCUUCGAAGUAUGCGGCAUCUCGACCUCGGCUGGUGACAUAUCUGACCUGGACCUGGACCUGGACCUCGACGCUGGAGGAGGUCAACGGAACGGCCUGAGUCGCACGGGCAGCAUGGGUCACCCAGCCUCCGCCCUCAGCCGGUGGUUCACGCCUUCGGGUUCGCAGGCCUCGCGGUCUCAGAAGGCUAGAGUCCACCUGGAGAACUGCGAACAGUGCCGGAGAACCGUGACGACGGAGGUGGAUGAAAAGCGGGUCCUGGAGACCGUGUCACACCAUGCCAACCUGGUCGCGGGCAAGCCCGCGGCCUCGAGCGCGCAGACGACGGGCACGAACUCGAGGUCGUUCAUCGCCAUAGAGACCGAGGAAGAUGCAUCAUCCCAGCCGCUCUGGAGAGCCACAUUGGCCGUCGGAGGCAUGACGUGCGCCGCAUGUGUCAACAUGAUUGCCGAGGGCCUCAAGAAGCACGACUGGAUCUCAAAUGUGGCCAUCAAUCUCAUCGCCAACAGCGCGACCGUGGACCUGAAGGACGAGGGAAAGGCCAAUGAGCUGGUCCAGGCCAUCGAGGACCUCGGGUACGAAGCAACACUGGAUUCCGUGACCCGCGUGAGCCAGGGAAAGCGCAAAAGCCCGGACAAUUCCGACCUCUGGCGGGCGACGCUCGCCAUAGGCGGCAUGACAUGCGCGGCUUGCAGCAACAACAUCACCAGGGAGAUGUCGAAGAAGGACUGGAUUAGGUGCAUCACCGUCAACCUGCUCACUAACAGCGCCACGGUGGACUUCGAAGGCCGGAACAACGCCGAUAAGCUGGUCGAAGAGAUCGAGGAUCUAGGCUACGACGCGGCGCUAGACGCAGUGGUCAGCCUGGAGCAGGAGGCCGCAGUAGUGCGCGAGCGGACCGUGGAGAUCAAGAUCGACGGCCUCUACUGCGAACACUGCCCGGACCGGGUGACCAAGAGUCUCGCCGGCUUCCGGCGGCAGCUGGAGGUCAUCACGCCACCGACCCGUCAACGGCCGAUCAUGAAGCUUUCGUACGUCCCAGACGCGCCGCCCUUCACCGUCCGGCAGAUCUUGGCAGCCGUCGAGGCCAGCGACCACGGGUUUAGCGCCUCCAUCUACCAUCCCCCAAGCCUCGAGGAGCGAUCCAAGCAGAUCCAGCGUAAGCACCGCAGACAGAUUCUCGGCCGCGUUAUUUUCACCGGUAUCGUCUGCAUUCCCACCUUCACCAUCGGCAUCGUCUACAUGAGCCUACUCCCCAACAGUGAAUCAAAGGAGCACAUCAUGGCCCCGUGGACAUCGGGCAUCAGCCGGGCCCAGAUAGCGCUCUUCAUCAUGGCCACGCCGGUCUACUUCUUCGCCGCCGACCUGUUCCACCGGCGGGCAAUCAAAGAGAUCAGGACGCUCUGGCGACGCGGCAGCAGGGUGCCCAUACUCCAGCGCUUCUACCGCUUCGGCAGCAUGAACACGCUCAUGUCGCUCGGCACCACCAUCGCCUACAUCUCAUCGGUCAGCCAGAUGAUCGCCGCCGCCGUGUAUCAGCCGGCGGCGAUCAACAACUCCGAUUUCUACUUCGACUCGGUCGUGUUCUUGACCUUCUUCCUGCUCCUGGGGAGGCUGAUCGAGAGCUACAGCAAGUCGAGGACCGGAGACGCGGUGGAGAUGCUGGGCAAGCUCCGCCCGACGACCGCGAUCCUGGUGGAGGGGUACGGGACCGAGAAGGAGGAGGAUGUGGCCGUCAAGGCCGACAUGCUCGACUUUGGGGACAUCGUCCGCGUCCCCCACGGCGCCUCCCCGCCGGCCGACGGCACAGUCGUCCGCGGCGAAAGCAAUUUUGACGAGUCCAGUCUGACUGGCGAGUCACGCCCGGUGAAGAAGGUUCUCGGCGACGAGGUGUUCGCCGGCACUGUCAACAAGGGCGCCCCACUCCUGGUCCGGAUUACCGGGGUGUCAGGCUCGUCGCUUCUCGACCAGAUCGUCAACGUCGUCCGCGAGGGCCAGACGAAGAGGGCCCCGAUCGAGCAGGCCGCCGACCUGCUGACGUCGUACUUCGUCCCUGUGGUCACCUUCAUUGCCGUGAUCACAUGGAUCAUCUGGCUCUCGCUCGGGCUCAGCGGCCGGAUUCCGGGCCACUAUCUGGACGUCACCUCGGGCGGCUGGGUUGCUUUCUCGCUGCAAUUCGCGAUUGCCGUCUUCGUGGUGGCGUGCCCCUGCGGUCUCGCGCUCGCCGCGCCCACUGCCAUCUUCGUGGGCAGCGGUCUCGCAGCGAAGCACGGCAUCCUGGCCAAGGGCGGCGGUGAGGCGUUCGAAAAGGCCAGCCGGAUCGACUGCGUCGUCUUCGACAAGACGGGCACCUUGACGAUGGGCGGAGAACCCAAGAUCACCGACUCAGAGCUCUAUCCGGAGGACCCCGGCACCAAGGACACUCUCUUAGCAGCGCUGAAGGCAGUCGAGGAGAACAGCAGCCACCCGAUCGCCAAAGCCAUCGUCUCCUUCUGCGCCAGCCAGACAACCUCCAAAGCAGCCAUCGACAACCUCCAAGAAGUCCCCGGAAAAGGCAUGAAGGCGACCUGCAGAGGCAGCUCUUCCUCCGCCUCAUUCGAACUCGCGGUCGGCAACGAGUCUUUAAUGUCGGAUAUCUCCGUUGCCAUCCCGCCCGAUACCACCGCAACACUCCAGCGGUGGAAAGACGAAGCCAAAUCCGUCGCCCUCGUCGCCACCAAGCCGCUCGACUCGCCCACCUGGACGCUCGCCGCAUCCCUCUCCAUCGCCGACCCGAUCCGCCCCGAGGCGCCGCGCAUCAUCCGCGCGCUCCAGUCGCGCGGCACCCGCGUGUGGAUGCUCUCGGGCGACAACCCCACCACCGCCGCGGCCGUCGCCUCGCAGUUGGGCAUCCCCGCGGACCAGGUCAUCGCGGGGGUGCUGCCGACGGGCAAGGCCGACAAGAUUAAGUACCUGCAGUCGACGCUCAAAGCGCGCACCAGCAGCAGCACCAGCAGCAGCAGCGGCACGACGACCACCGAGUCGACCACGCGGCGCGCGAUGGUGGCCAUGGUGGGCGACGGCAUCAACGACAGCCCGGCGCUGGCGACGGCGGACGUGGGCGUGGCGAUCGGGUCCGGCGCGGACGUGGCCAUCAGCAGCGCCGACUUCGUGCUGGUCAAGAGCGACCUGCGCGCCGUCGUCGACCUGCUCGACCUGUCCGCCCUCGUCCUCCGCCGCAUCAGGUUCAACUUCGCCUGGGCCGUCGUCUACAACUGCCUCGCCCUGCCCGUCGCCGCCGGCGCCUUCUACCCCAUCAUGAGCCGCGGCAGCCACGUCCGGCUCGACCCCGUCUGGGCCAGCCUCGCCAUGGCGCUGAGCAGCAUCAGCGUCGUGACGAGCUCGCUUGCGCUGAGGGCGGAUGUGAGGGGGCUUGGGUUUAGGGAGAGGAGGAUUGAGUGAGGGGGUUACACAGUAUGUUGUUCUCUUUGUUACUGGGAUCUGAUUGCUUGGAGAGGGAGAGGGUUUGCACAGGAGGGUUUAGGAGUUGGUGCUGGCGCUGGCGUGGAGUUUGGGUAGUAGGAUUGGAGUGUGGGAGCCAUCCAUGAUUGCAUAACGCUGAUAGAUACCCAUGGUUUGUUUGUAAUGACAUCCUGUCCGAACUUGUGUUGUUUGGAAUGAUCGUGUUGGUUUGCGACCCCUAGAUGGUGUUGAUCAUUUGGACUUGGCCAGUGAAGUGAAGGACGUGAACUUUGUCUCACAAUGAGUAGUUCGCACCGUG